AGAAUUACAUUUUAGACGACCCUGCAGAAUAGCAAGAUUCCAAGAAUGGAAUGUGAAACAGAUUACAUCACACGAAACACUAAGAUUUACAUUUUAGAAGAACCUGAACGUAACAUGUAGAUUUUCCAUCACAGUGGUCAAAUGCCAUUGGCUGUGGGCAUUUGCCAAAUCGGUGUCAUACGUUUUCCUUCAGGAAAUAUGAAACCUAUAUAAACCAAGACUUUCUGCCAUUCUGCCAGAGAGGUUCUGCACUGUUAAGCACAGCUAGAACCGGACUGUCUAAAGCCUCUUUGGUAUUACAAGAGCAAGAUAAUCUGCAGCCAUGUUCCAGUUGAUCCCCAUUUUCAUUAUGGCUGGUUUGAUGACCGUAAGUACUCAGGGUAUAUCCGAGCAAAGUCGGCCUUCUGUAAACACAAUAAAUAUAUCCGAGGGACGUUUGCAAGAUGUAAACACAAGGUGCUGGACAGAGUGGUUUGACCGGGACCACCCGUCUGGAACGGGGGACUGGGAGAUCCUCACGUCGCUGCGCAACGAGAACCCCGGCAAGAUCUGCCCCACGCCAGUGGGCAUCGAGGUGGAGACCACCACUGGCCUCAGUAUUGCUGCGGCAGGGGAGGUGAUUGCUGUGGCUGACACAACCACAGGCUUUAUUUGCAAGAACGAAGACCAACCAGAUCAGACAUGUUUGGACUAUCGUGUACGUUUUGUCUGCCACCCACCGUUUUGCAACCAACACAUUUGCUGGAGCAAAUGGUUGGACCGGGACAACCCAGGUGGGACAGGGGACUGGGAGACACUGAGCCAACUGAGGAUACAAUACCCGGGGUCCAUCUGCGAUGAACCUCUCUACAUAGAGGCCGUCACUGUAGACACUAUGACCCCAGCAUUGGCUACAGGGCAGAACUUCUUCAUCUUCAAUCCAACCACUGGGUUUGUCUGUCGCAACUCUGACCAGACCAAAAGAGGGUGUCUUGAUUACAAGGUACGCUUUGGAUGCUGUUGUGAUCCGGAAACUCCGAUCCGACCCGGUCCGAUCCAAGGUGAGCCCUUUGAUAAGGCUAUACAAUAAUGGAACUGGAGGCCGUCGCCACUCAGGGAGACGUCUCCGAGGCCUUCCACCAAGAAAUGCUGAUGGACAGACAACUUGCCUGUUGGGGACCCAGAAGAGGAAGCUGCUACGACAGCAACAGGGGGCCACAUUAGCUGAGCUCCAGUGAUACGUAGAGACAUAAAAAAAAAAAAAAUCCUGUUUAGGUUUAUUUUCCAGUAUCUGCAAGAAUGUUUCCUUUAUGAAGAAUUCAGCCUGCCAGAGGGUUUCCUUUCAGUGUAUGCUUUUGAGUUUUAAAAGUCCCCCUUUAACUUUUCCUUUUAUGUUUUGGAUUUAAAAAAAGUCCCUGUUUCACUUUUACUUUCAUUAUGUGCUUUUGAGUUAAAAAAUCCCAUGUUGGGGCUAUACUCCCUCAUUCCAGAAAUCAUACAAAUGUCCUGUGUUUUGGAGGGUGGCGAGAAAUAUAUGAGAUCUGCUACAUUAAGGGAAGAUAAGACCAUAGACUGGCCUUGGAGAGAGUUAUAUAACCUGGAGCAAAGCUGCUCAGGGUAUCAUCCUUUCUUUGCCAGAGACGAGUGCUCUUCAGCUAAGGUAAUAUUGGGACCCUGGGAAUAUGUAUUGUAUCUGAUACAAUAUCUACUUUGUGUAUCUUGGAAUACUAAGGAUCACGCUGGGCUUUGGUCGGUUCUCAUAGUUUGGACAGGACCUUGAACAUAGAAUUACUACCCGAAACUUGUAGAAGCUUGGAUUAACCCUGUUAAUCCCGCUAGGGGAAGGAAGGAAAAUAAGCCUGCCUCAUGGACAUAUCCGUUGUCAUGGAGAUCCAUGUUUUAUGUUUUUGCCUACCCUUUCAUUUUAUCAUUUAUAUCUUGUGUUUGGAAAUAAAUAUAUGAACUGAUUAACCCUA